GAUAGCAUUAUCAAUUAUUUUCCCAGCAGCCCGCAUUCGCAGAGUAGAAUUUUGUUUUCAUGUUUGGUAUUGGUACUGUAAUUAUGUCAGAAUACGGGUGUUCUAUUAUCUGUUGUUUAAUUAAUUUGAAUUCUAUUCCAAAAAUCACUAGACCAUGACCACUAAUUUACAUUUAGCAAGUUUGUGAGUUCGCAACUGAUUUCCUCAUUCCAUGAAUUGGGCAAUAUCCACUUAUAACCUUCAAAUGACGUGUAGUGAAGAUUGUGUUAGUGAAUUAUUCUAAUCUUAUCAAUGUAGCAAAAUGAAAAGAAGUCUGAAAGGCGUAGUGAAGUACCUGCUCUUAGUGUUAUGCACAAUAUUUACUACUGUAAUUAUUUUCAACUAUGUCAGGCAUCCUCGCGCAGGAUCGAAAAAUUUCAGGAAUGGGAGGGCUAUCAUGCCUGUUGCACCUGAACAAUUUCGAAUCAGUGAUACAGAGAACGAAAUUCACAUUUCUGGUAAACAUCGGAUUGACUGGCAUGAUUAUAAACGAAUGGAAGAGGAGAGUAAAAGAAAAGGAAACGGGGAAAAUGGAGUUCCUGCUAAGCUGCCUUCAAAUUUUGUACGCUCCAACAAAGAGAAACUCUUCAAAGCAAAUGGAUUCAAUGCUUUGCUCAGUGAUCACAUCGCAUUGAACCGUUCAGUACCCGAUAUAAGGCAUGAAGAAUGUAAGAAACGAAAAUACCUGGCCGAUCUGCCGUCAGUAAGCGUUAUAGUUCCUUUUCAUAAUGAGCAUCUUAGCACGCUGUUAAGAACUGCCAUUAGUGUUCUCAACCGAUCACCGGCUCAUCUCAUUAAGGAGAUCAUCUUAGUCGACGACUGCAGCACUAAAGAUAUUUGUAAAAAGCCGCUAGACGACUACGUAUCCACACAUUUGCCGAAAGUACGCGUGAUCAGGCUGGCGAAGCGUGUGGGGCUGAUUCGCGCCAGGCUGGCUGGUGCUAAACAGGCCGUGGGAAAAGUGCUGAUAUUCCUAGACUCACACACCGAGGCCAAUGUCAACUGGCUUCCUCCUCUACUCGAUCCGAUAGCGGAGGACUACAAGACGUGCGUUUGUCCGUUCAUCGACGUGAUCGCUUAUGAGACGUUCGAGUAUCGUGCACAGGAUGAGGGGAAGCGGGGGGCGUUCGACUGGGAGCUCUACUAUAAGCGACUGCCUCGUCUGCCCGAGGAUGAUAACAAUCCUAGCGAACCUUUCAAGAGUCCAGUAAUGGCAGGCGGACUGUUCGCUAUCAGCAAGGCGUUCUUCUGGGAGUUGGGCGGCUAUGAUUCGGGUCUGGACAUAUGGGGCGGUGAACAAUAUGAACUGUCCUUCAAGAUCUGGCAGUGCGGUGGUCGCAUGCUGGAUGCGCCCUGCUCCAGGGUGGGGCAUAUCUACCGCAAGUUUGCGCCCUUUCCUAAUCCGGGCCUCGGCGAUUUCGUCGGCAGGAACUACAGACGAGUGGCGGAGGUUUGGAUGGACGAGUAUGCGGAAUACCUGUACAAGCGAAGGCCGCACUACAGGCACAUCGACCCGGGUGACCUGACUGAGCAGAAGGCGAUCCGAGCGAGGCUGCACUGCAAGCCGUUCAGUUGGUUCAUGAAAGAGGUGGCCUUCGAUCUGGUCAAAGUCUAUCCGCCGGUCGAGCCUCCCGAUUAUGCUUCGGGCAGGAUCCGUAACGAGGUAGCCACUGAGUAUUGUGUUCAUCUGAAGAGCAAAGACGCCGAGGAAAAGCUCUCUCUCCAACAGUGCAACAAGAAGGGCAAACGAGUCGGAGAACAGUACUUCAACUUGACUUGGCACAAGGACAUACGUGUGAAGGGUGGGGGCAUGUGUUGGGAUGUGGCCAACCCUGAUGAUGAGGCUGCAAUUCAACUCUACACCUGUCAUGGCCUGCAUGGAAAUCAGCUGUGGAAGUACGACAUGGACAAAAAGUGGCUGGUACACGGCAUGAACCCGCGAUGCCUGGAUGCCGAUCUGUCGCGGAAGCGAGUUUUCGUCACCACCUGUGAUGAGAAUUCGGAAACUCAGAGAUGGCUGAUUGACAACAUCAACUACAAGGAGCUGAUGAAGUGGGAGUACUCCAUCUAGCAUUGGCUCGACUUUCCAGUAACCAUCAUCACUCUAAUUCUGGUCAUCUUUUUGAUUGACUUCUUGUUGAAGUUACUUCCUAAAAGAAUAAUUAUUAGAGAAAAGUUUCUCAGUGUAGAAUAUGGGUAUGCAGAAAUAUGUUGUGUAAAAAAGCAUAGAGAAAAUAUAGAAUUAAGGGGCAUUUCGUCUAAACUUCCGCAGUCGACGACGACGACAAGCAUUGUUGACAUUCAUAUUGUCCAAAUUUCAAGUGUGCUAAAACAGCUGAUCAAAUAACUUUUCAUUAUUUUGUUUAUUAUUCUAGAAUCAAACAUUUCUAAUAAUAUCAACAUAUUGCCAUUUAAAAGUAUAAACUUAACCUCCCCCAUCAAAACAUAAUUGAACUUAAUUUUUUAGUUUAUUUAGACAAAUUGAAAUCUACCCAAUCUGAGAUACUCACCCUGUCGUGGUCAACGACGGCAUUUACGCACAAACAAAAACCCAGCUUAAGUUGAACAUCUUUUUAUGCUUUUAUCAUACUUAUGCUAUCUCUUCUCUAUGUUUUUACCAUGGUUUGUAAAAUUUCAUUCAAAGUUUGGAAGUGUUGUAUCAAAUUUUGGUGUAGUGUAUCAAGUUGAGAUGAUACUGUAUCAUAUUGUGUUGAUACUGUAUCAUGUGUGGUGAUACAAUAGAGAAAAGAAUGAUAGCCUAAGAAGAUAUCUCAUGGUUUGUAGAAUUCAUUCAAAGUUUGGAAGUGUUGUAUCAAAUUUUGAUGUAGUGUAUCAAGUUGAGAUGAUAAUGUAUCAUAUUGUGUUGAUACUGUAUCAUGUGUGGUGAUACAAUAGAGUAAAGAAUAAUAGCAUAAGAAGAUUAUCUCAUGGUUUGUAGAAUUCAUUCAAAGUUUGGAAGUGUUGUAUCAAUUUUGAUGUUGUGUAUCAAGUUGCGAUGAUACUGUAUCAUAUUCUGUAGAUACUAUAUCAUAUCUUGUUGAUACUGUAUCAUGUGUGGUGAUACUGUAUCAUGUGUGGUAAUACGAUAGAGAAAAGAUAGCAUGUGAGGAUACCCACCCCAUGGCAUAGGACGUUUAUGUUGCAAAUUUCACUGUCAACUCAAGCCGAUAGUCCUAUAAUGUUUUUUUUUUGAAGCUAUAGAAGUCUCUGGAAGCUAUAGAAGUUCUGGCAGUCCCCCAUACAGUAAAGGAAAAUUUAAUCAUCAAGAUAGAAUUAGAAGUUAUUUAUUUAUUCGAUACAAACAUAGAAAGGCUUACAGACAAAUAUAAAGGAAACAAUUCAAAAUAACAAAUCUGAAUAAUAAUAAAAUACUAAUAAUAUUGGUAUGGAUUUUAUUGGUGGGGAGUCCCUGACGGAAGUUCCACCUCGCCUGAAUAUAUCAUUUAAGCCGUCAAUGGGCUGUCAUACUUCAGCCGGGACCGACAGUUUAACGAGCCCAUCCGAUAAAACGGGAGUUAUCUGUUCAAAAACAAAUCUGAACAGGGAGUGGAACUCUUAAAUCUGAUUCAUAACCAUUAUAAUUUUAAUGAUUAUUGAACGAGUAUAUUAUAAUUUUUGUAUUUCUGCAUACUCUACUGAGAAAUAUAGCAACCUUGUGCAAUUUGUAUAUUCUUGCCAUUUUUGUAAAUACAGUAAUAUAGUAAUGACUUGUUAUAAAAAUAUAACGUUGAACGUUCAUAGUAUAUAUUGUAAAUGUGAAAUAAUUAUAUUUGUAACUUAUCAUUCCAAGCGCAAAUCGAACAAACAUUCUAAAAAUUUAGCAUAGUCUGUCCUACGACUUGUUUUAUUUUAUAUAUACUUAGCGUGGUAUUCUAGCUCAAACUGAAAACGUACUCGUAUUUUCUUCAUUAUAAAUACGACUAUAAUAAGGUUUAUUGUGAUAAUUCCUUCUAGCUCACAUAUCGAUGGUAUUAUAUACAUUUAUUUUUUCAAGACUGAUACAAGAUGUGAAUGAAAAGAAGACAAUUGUUGAAGCAGUUGAACAAAUUCUGAUACAAAAUAUGAAUGAAAAAGAAACUGUCGAACAAAUUUUUUUUUUAAACUGUACAGUUGAGUGAGAUUUCAACUUCAAACUGUCAGUAUUGUUUAAAUGGGAAGCAUAGAUGUUUGUACAUAAGGAAUACUGACAGUCUGAAAUGUAUCUCUUUCUAUAGUGAGGUACACGUUAUAAUGGCAGUGGAUAAAGAUAGAAAAAUAGCCAUGCCUAUUCUCUGAAUCAAUUAAUUAUAUUUCUACACCGUCAAAAACAUAAUUGGCAUCGUUAUGGACCUAGAAAUGGAUAGUACCACUGGCUUUGUCGAAUGGUAGACAAGGUUAGCAAAACCAAAGUUGAUCAAAUACUGUCAUUAUAACGUGGACCUCACUAUAGUAAUUCACAUUGUGAGUGUUUUUAUUAUUUUAUUUUAUAUUAAAAACUUCUCAUAAAAGGGUACUAUGAUGUGUUUUUAUAAAUAAAUAUACUUAGCCCUGAAUAAAUAAAUUUUAAUUCAAAUAGAUAUUGAAUAGCACAUCACAAUACUAAUUCUUUGUCCAGUAUUUUGCACAUU